UACCCCCUUAUAAAUUUGCGGAGUACGAGAAUUCCAGGAAUAAAAGUACCUUCAUUAUUCUCUUUCUCUCUCUUAAAGACCUUCCUACCUUUUCAUCUUCGAUCAUCAAUCGUAAUCAUCUCUUCAUUUCUAGGGUUUGUUUUUCUCUUCGAUCGAUCAAUCAAUCGAAUUAUUCACUUUCCUGCAAGUUGCCAUGAUGAAAUCAAGCACAUCGUCUUUGAAUCCAAACGCUGCUUCAUAUGUACCAAUCUCCAAGCGAGAGGUAAAUGAGCAUAAUGGCCCUAAGACCCUUCCGAAUGCUGUUAGUGUGGUUGGUCUCCCUACUAAGGAUGAUAACAAGUUGAAGAAUGCUGCUGAUGGUGUAUCUUCCGAAUGUUCUCAGGAAACAGACAUCAAAUUCAUGGAUGAAGAGUCUGAAAUGGACCUAGCUUAUCUACAAAUGAUGUUUCCUGGUGUUUCUGAUCAGUCUAUUGCUGAUGUCUAUUAUGUUAAUAGCGGUGACCUAGAUUCUGCAGUUGACAUGCUGACCCAUUUAGAGGCUGUUGAUAAUAUUCCUGAUGCUUUGAAUAUCAAACACCCCGAGACGCCUGCUUCUUCGAGUGAGUACUCAACUGCAAAGGGUGUAAUUGCGACAGGUGAAUCUAGCAGCUCUGCACGUCCAUCUGAUUUAGCUGUUGCUACCUGAUCUUUCUCUCUGCAAAUUGAUUUACAACAGCAAAACUUAGUUACAUUGAUAUCUGUGAAUAGAGUGGGUAUAUGUGUGAUAAUUUGGAUACUGGGAGAACACUGGUGCCCUUUAUGUUUUUAGUUGUAUAGCUUUUCUUCGAAUAAGAACAUAUUUGUUCUUUAGGAGAGUCAUUGCUAGUUGGUUUUACUGGUCUAUUGGCUGUUUGUCUGAAAGAAAUUGCAGCAAACUCUUUAACUUAGGUUAAAUCUCAGCUUGUCCUUUAAUGAUAGUGAUCUUUUCCGAUUGUGUGGGCUUAGGAGCUCCACAGCAAUUGGCAGAGAUUGCUUUUUAUCAAGUGUUUGAAAUGUAGGAAUGUCUGUGAUGCCCAUAUCUUGUUACACGAUGUAGCAAGUGUUUCUUGGUCUCAUAAUUUGGAAGAUCGAUUUUGCAAGAACCGUAUGAUGUUUGCUUUCAGCUUUGGUAAGCAUUAAGAUAGAUUUAGCAAUUUGGCUCCUUGGCCGUCUUUGUAAUUUGGUCAAAUCCCAGGUGAAAUUGGGGCGUGUUCUUGCUUAACAGUGAAAAAACUUUGUUGUCCAGGAUUACCUUGUGAACUCUGAAAUGCAUUAUGAGUUUAUGAUUGUAACUUUGCUCUA